GAUCUGCUGAUGUAGAAUAGAUGCUGAUAAUCGAAUAACCGCAUUUAAAAAUUAAAAUGUUUGAAAUUAAAUCGAGUUGUUUUAUUAGAAAAAUAAACUUAACUGAACAAUAAUUGUCUGUAAAACGUUUUACUAAAAUGACUGGGAAAGAUUUUACUACUGUACCAAAUACAAAUGCGAACGAAAUCCAAGAAAAUGUCACAACGCAUAAUAUUCUCGUUGUUGUGAUUAUAACUCAUUAUAUACAGAGGUAUGGUAGGAAUUGUUUGAUACUCGAAGAGAACCAAAAUGAGGCCACUAUAAAUUCAAAAUUUCACCGUACGUUUAGCAUGUUAGUAUUACAUUUAAUUCAAUGCCCUGAUUUGACUUUUGGAGAAUUGAACAAUUUAAUAUCUUGCGGGAAGUAUCAACUGCCAUCGGUAUUUAUUCGAACAUUUCAACGGGAAGUUUAUCAAACGGUCAACAGCAAUUUAGAUGUCGUCAUGAAUAUGUUCAAAAAUCUAGACGCCCAUGUUCUGGAUAAUGGGUUGCCAAAAGUCCAUCAAGUUACAGUAAUCAACAGUGGCAGUCCAAUCGGUAUAUUUCUACGACGCGUUAUAGUAUAUAUUGAUAAAAUGUUGUUUUUACAAACGGCAGCUGUAAUGAAUGAACUUAAAAAAAAUUGCGAUCCAGUAUUUAACGAACACACAGAAUUUCAAAGUAUCCCAUUAGCUACGAGCCCUAAAGAAUCAGAUCAGAAACAAGAAUGGAAAGAUUUGAUGAACACGAUAAAAUCGAUCAAAACUUUGGAUCUACAAAAAAGUAGUAAGCAUUCCAAUACCAAAUAUACCAAAGUAGGUUCUUGGUCUCCGAGACAAGUAGAGCUUUUUAUUGCACAACAAAUUAAACUUUUAAAAAAUAAUGAGCCAGUUGCCCUCGAUCCAAUAUCAUUGCAACAAAAAAUUAAGGACAUACUACAAGCCAACCCAGACCACUUUGAUGCACAUUAUCUUAGUUACCUAAAUUGUUUACGAGUAAAAGAGUUUUGCGGGGCCGUUAGUAGUAUUCAUCAUUAUUUCAAUCGUCAGACAUCUAGGGUAAUAAAUAUAGAUGAGAAAAGUAGAGGUUAUCGUUAUACUUCACUCAAUAUGGCUUUAUUAUAUGCCGCUUUUAAUUAUAAACAUGAAGCUAUCCGUUACUUAAGGGAAAGUAUAGCUGUGGCGCAUCAAGUAAAUGACCACGUUUGUCUGCAACAUGCACUCAUGUGGCUUUAUACGUUAAGUAAAAAAGAUAAGUUGACUAUGUUAAAAUGUUCUGUGACUAGAAGUAAAGAGUUGGAAUUACAUCAUAUUUCUUCAUUCAGUUUACAAGCUUUGGCUCAAUAUUUAGUGGAGAAUGCUGGAACUCCAGCAUUAGUGUUUAAGGUAUUAAAAAAGAGUGAGCUGUAUAAUUAUUUUAAUGGAUUAACUGAUUUGCGUAUGACGAAUAAUACUCAAAAGGCAGCUGUUUGGAAUACGUAUGGUUAUCAACGUAUAUCAACAGUUUUUUCCCAAUUAGUUUUAGAUUUCGAUCGAAGCAAUAACGAUGUACACAAUAUAGAAAGCAAGUGUAUAGCAAUGUGUAACAUUAUUAAUGAUUUGAUCGCACGAGGGGAUUACUAUCUUGCGCCUUUAUUAAUAAACGAGGUAUCUCAGAUCUUUCCUUAUGUACAUAACGACCUAUGGAUUAUGACCGAACAAUACUUUUAUUUUAAAAUGGCUAUGAACAAAGAAGAAUGGCCCGAAGCUGAACUUGCAGCCAAACAAAUGGCUUCGGUAAAUGUCACCGAAAGUUUAUUAAGACGAGGAGAACUGUUGUUGAAAAAAGAAGACUAUGUAGGUGCUACUAAAAUGGUUGAACACUUAAUGGAAGAUAAUAACAAAAAUACGAUCCUGACUAGGCUUAGAGCUUAUUUAAUUGUCGCAAAGGCAAAUGAAAGUACAGCGUUGAAUAUUCUUAUGGAAGCAAAGUUAAUAGCUAUAGAAUACCAUCUUACUUACAUCACUGCAAUAAUAAACAUUGAAAUAGCAAUUAUUUUGAUGAAGCAUGAGUUUCCACACAAAGCUUUAAGACUAUUACAAGAGACAAAACAGUGUAUUUACAGUGGUAUUAACGUUUAUGACAAAGCGUACAUAAAUUUACAAAUCAUUAAAUCAAAAAUGAUGGCCAAUAUAGUGGAAGAUUUUGAACAUAGUCCAGAAUUUUUAAACAAUAUUUAUAAUAAAUUGUGUAAAGUUGCUAAAAGUUUUCACAGAUCAGAAGCUAUAGCUGAAUUGAAAGAAACAACAUAUUUACUAGCACUUAUAGCUGAUGAAUUAGGUAUGAAACAUAACAGGAAUAGGCAUGCAAUGGAAUUCAGGCAUUUAGUAGAACACAACGUCGCAACGGUAAUGAACUACUCAAUGUAGGCUUUUGUUUUGUACGAUUAUUGUCUGCAAUUUAAAUGUAUGAUAAUACUUUUAAUAAGAUUGUAUUGUAUUUUUUAUGAUGGCUUUCCUAACGGUACCUAUCUUACGCAAAAUAAAUAUUGUAAUUUAUAUAUAAAAAAAAAGUUGUAAAUAAGUAUUUAAGAAAUGUUUUAAAGAAUAAUCAUUCAAUUUACUAUUAAUUAUUGUUUACUUAAUAGAAACUGUAUAUAAAUAAUUUAUUUGUUGAUUAAAAAAUGCUAUUCAAAUUGGUUAAUUUUGUUUUUUCACCAGUUUGAUGUUAGGUCAAGCGGACUGUUUACUGGGUAGGAAACACACUAGUAAAAUGGAGCCGCCAUCUCUAUGAUGACCCGUGUCGAAAGUGAAUUUGUCACGAUACCCAUAGGCGCAAUUUCAAUUUUGAAUUUGGGAGGGCUGGAAUUUUUUUUUAAAUAUAUAUAAGUAAAUAUAUUUUUGUAUUUCAAAAUUGUAUGCAUAACCUAAUUUUUUUGGGGGGGCUAAGCCCACCCUAGCCCCCCCCGUAUUUGCGCCUAUGACGAUACCAUCUUAUAAUAGCAGCAUUGGGUCUUUAAGGCGUGUUAAGCUACAUGUUAAUGAUGAAUUCUGU